AUGGGAAGGUGCAAACUCAAGGAACGCGAACGGGAUGCUGGCUACUGCCUCCUCUUCGUCGAAAACCUCAAAGGAGCCGCAUUCGAAUGGUUUUCUCAUCUGAAACGAAACUCCAUUGGAAGUUUCCGUCAGCUCGCCUCAGAGUUUCUCAAACAAUAUUCCAUGUUCAUGGACGGGGAAACCUCAGACAUCGACCUUUGGAGUCUAUUUCAAAGAGAAGGCGAACCACUCCGCGAACUCAUGAACAUGUUCAAGCUGGUAAUGGCAAGAGUCACAGGAAUCAGCGAUAAAGUGGCAGUCGACGCUUUGCGGAAAACUCUUUGUUACAGGUCGAAACUCCGGCAAUGGAUAUUCCUUGAAAAACCGAGAACAACCCAGGACGCUCUUCACAAGGCAACGGACUUCAUCAUGAUGGAUGAAGAGAUGAAAUUCCUCUCCCAGAAGUACAACCCGCAGAAGACGUCCGCAAGAAGGAAAAACCCUCGCAACAACAGGUAUGUCCACCACGAGGGAAAAGAUCUCCAGGGCGAGCAUAAUUACGCUAUCAACUCCGAACAGGGAAAGACUUCCGGAAAUACCUGGACCAGGAACCAGUUCAAGAAUAAUUCCUACUGCGAGUUCCAUCAGACCAGAGGUCAUUCCACUAUGAACUGCAAGGUUCUCGGCGCAAGGCUUGCUGCGAAGCUCCUCGCCGGCAAAAUUUCAAAGGUCACAGGCAUAAAAGACCUCCUCCUGGAUUCCGAUCGCCCUCCCAAAACUGAUAAAGAUUCCCCCGAAAAUGACACCCGCAAAAAUCAGUCGGGCGAGAAACGCGGAAGGAGGCAGGAUGACCGAGGAAACGACAGCAACCGUCGAAGGGCUGAGACGAGUUCAAGCUGGCUGGCUCGGUUCCCAUCUGAUGACGCCCCUAACGAUAAGAUCGUCUUUGAAGAGCGGGAAACCAUCGGAAUCGACAAACCUCACUGCGACCCAUUGUUUAUCGAUCUGGUAAUCCGAGACCUGGAAGUGGGAAGGAUCCUUAUCGACACGGGAAGCACAGUCAACGUCAUCUUCUGUGAUACCCUCCGGAGGAUGAACAUUGAACUUGGAGAAGUCGUCCCGGAACCAAAACCUCUCACCGGUUUCUCAGGUGCAACGUCAAUGACCCUCAGAUCAAUCAAACUCCCAGUGGUGGCUAAAGAGGUGACAAAAAUCAUUGACUUCGCGGUAGUCGAUAACCCGACCAUCUACAAUUUCAUCAUGGGAACUCCUUGGAUCAAUGCCAUGAAAGCAGUACCGUCGACUUACCACCUUGGCAUCAAGUUCCUAACUCCAAACGGAACAGCUGUAAUCUGGGGUUGCCAGAAACAGUCUAGGCUCUGCUUCUUGGCCGAGCAUAAACUACGACAAACUCGGAACACCCCCGCGGUCAACCCGAAGCGGGCUAAGAAAGCUCAAAACGCUCCCGAGAGCUCCAUAAAAAGUGAUCCAGAAUCACCCGACCAGGCAACGACUCCAGACAGCGACAUAGUCCCCGAGUCCAUCGCCUUGCCAGCGGACAGCCCGACUCCUGAAACGUUCAUCGAUCCAAAUGAAGCCCCAACGGCUGAAGUAACCGGAACGAUCCCAUCCAGCGAGUAG